UUAUGUAAAUGUUAGGAGAAACCAAUUAUUAAGAACGUAAAGAAAAGCGACAAUCGAAUCGAGUUUCAUCCAUUGCUCGACGCUGAAUAUAAUUUAUUUGUAAAUUUUCCUUUUAGACCUCCUAUAAAUAGAAUACAUAAAUACUCUGUAUACUGAGGUUUUGCGUUCAUUUUUAUGUUUUUUGAGUGAAUAUUUGAGUGUUUAAAUAUUAAGCGGAAACAGUCUAAAAUACCUGCUUUUCAUAACACUCGCUUCUCACUAAAUUUUGAAACUUUAUCUAAAAAUAAAUAUAAAUAUAAAAUUGUCACGAAAUUCAACAUGAUCAAUCAUCAGAUUGACUAAAAGUUAUUCGAAAAAUAACCACCGGUCUAUUAAUCUGAAACUGAUAGUGGUUUACUACAACUAUUAUAGAAGAACUCUGUUUAAUCACAUUUUUAGUUUUAGUUUAAAAUAAGGAUGCUCAACAAAGUGUUUUGAACAGAUACGUAAUCAUGAAUAUGUCCAAGAAAAAAUCGAAAAAUUAUUUAUAUUGGCAUAAUGUUCGACAAAUUGUAUGUCUACUAUUCCAUUACUGUAUAGAUCAUCACAUCGUCUAUGAAAAUCUCUUCUCUGUUUUCUAGUUUUAUUUUGCAACAAAAUUUGAUUUAUUACUAAUGUUUAUAUCAUCAAUUGUAUCAAUUAUUCAUGGUUCAACAAUGCCCUUAUUGUUGUUUAUAUUUGGUCAAUUAACAAAUAAAUUUAUACAACAAACAACAGAUUUAUGUACACUUAAUUUAACAGAAAUAUCGUCAUUAUACUGUCCAUCGACAGUUGAAUUAAAUCGUAAGAAUUUUUAUAAUAAUUUCAAAUUAUGUAAUUUAACCGCUUUAAAUAUCACUGUUCCUAACUUACAAAAAGAUAUUGGGCAACAAGCAUUAUAUAUUACAAGUAAGCCAUAA